UGGCCCUUGAGUUGAUGACAGCAUUUCACAAGGCUUCCUUUGUUUUCAUUGCCCCGAGGUAGCUUCUGCAACCCCACCCAUUGACCAACCCUAGCCUAAGCUGUACAUUUUUGCAACUAGCCAACCAACUUUAUAUGUCUGUGUGCUGGUCAUCUGAAAUUCUGCAAGCUUUCUACACAUAGUCAUAGAGAAAAGGAUACAUGGGGGGAGCAAAAAUGAGCAAUAGCAAUUGCACCGGCCACCGUGGAGGCCAUGGGGCUAUCCCCUUUGCCGUUCAUGUUGUUCGAGGACGAUGGUUCUCACUUUUUGCCUCCUUUUUGAUCAUGGCUGGAGCCGGUGCAACUUAUCUUUUUGGAACUUACUCUAAAGAGAUAAAGUCUUCUCUUGGAUAUGAUCAAACUACACUCAAUCUUCUAGGCUUCUUUAAGGACUUUGGUGCAAAUGUUGGAGUUUUAUCGGGCCUUAUUGAUGAGGUAGUUCCAACAUGGCUUGUGCUCUUGAUUGGUGCAGGCAUGAAUUUUGCUGGCUACUUCAUGAUAUGGUUAGCUGUCACCGGGAGAAUUGCCAAGCCAAAAGUUUGGAUGAUGUGCAUCUAUAUAUGUGUGGGAGCCAACUCUCAAAAUUUUGCCAAUACAGGUGCUCUUGUUACUUCUGUUAAAAAUUUCCCCGAGAGCAGGGGAAUCAUGAUUGGCCUAUUGAAAGGUUUCACUGGACUCAGUGGAGCUAUCUUGACACAAGUAUACUUGGCUGUGUAUGGGAAUGAUUCCAAGUCUCUUAUUCUUCUUAUUGCUUGGCUUCCAGCUGCUUUGUCGGUGGUUUUCGUGUACACGAUUCGCGAAAUGAAGGUUGUUAGGCAGCCAAAUCAGUUGAGCAUUUUUUACUACUUCCUAUUCGUGUCAAUUGCGCUUGCAUUGUUUCUUAUGGUUAUGACCAUACUUCAAAAAGCAGUAGCUUUCUCACAAGCAGCUUAUGCUGGAAGUGCAACUGUGGCUUGUGCUUUGCUCUUUUUUCCUUUACUGAUUGCCAUUAAACAAGAGUGGCUAAUCUGGAAGCAAAGAAACCGUCCUGUUAUUUCUAGUCCUACAGUAUCUAUCGAGAUACCGGUAGAAAUUGAGCCAAAGCAGACAUCGGCAGCUCAAUCUUCAAGCAAAAAGAUUGAUGAGAAUCAGACAGCACUUUGGUACCAGAACGUCUUUAAGAAGCCAAAGAGAGGAGAUGAUUACACUAUCCUACAAGCACUUUCGAGCACUGAUAUGCUCGUUCUGUUUCUUGCAACAUUCUGUGGACUGGGAUCAAGCUUAACUGCAGUGGAUAACUUGGGACAGAUAGGAGAAUCAUUAGGAUAUCCCACAAAAACCAUAAAGUCCUUCGUUUCACUUCUCAGCAUAUGGAACUUCUUUGGAAGAAUCUUUUCUGGUUUCGUAUCCGAAACUCUUCUUGUCAAGUACAAAUUUCCAAGAACUCUAAUGAUGACAUUUGUCCUACUCUUGGCUUGCACUGGCUAUCUCCUUAUUGCCUUUCCUUUCAAUGGCUCAGUUUAUGUAGCAUCCAUCAUAAUUGGAUUCUCAUUUGGUGCACAGCUGCCACUGAUUUUUACCAUCAUUUCCGAGCUUUUUGGCCUGAAACAUUACUCGACGUUGUUCAAUUGCGGACAGUUGGCCAGCCCCCUUGGCUCAUAUAUCCUAAAUGUUAAGGUCACCGGACCUCUUUAUGAUAGAGAGGCAUUGAAAGAUCUUGCCAGGAGGGGAAUGACUAGGUCAUCCGUGAAGGAUCUGACAUGCAUUGGAACUCAAUGUUAUAGGUUGCCCUUUAUCGUAUUGGCUAGCAUUACUCUCUUUGGAGCUCUUGCUUCAUUGAUUUUGGUUGCUAGAACUAGAGAAUUCUACAGAAGUGAUAUUUAUAAAAAGUUCAGAGAUGCAGCAGAGGCAGAUGAUGAUCCAGAUAUGACAUUGCCAACAUCCAAAACGGCCACUUCAAAGUAAGUAAAAAAGCAUUUGUGGAGAUUUAUUUAGUCCUGAUUUGGCUGCCAUAAAAGGUGAAGGAAAUGAUUAUGCUUUUACCUUUUUCCCUACCUUCUGGAAGGUAAAAUAUACUGCCAACAUCAUGAUGGGCAGUAAUAGAUUUUUGCCAUCGGCUACAGGUUGUAAUAACUACUCCAUAUGUUAAAGCCAUGAGGUUAUCUUGACCCUCAGUGUCUUUCCUCAAAUCCUUGAAGAAGAGGAUCUGUACCGAAGUACCAGAGUUUAUUUACAUCAAACAUAUGCAGUUGUAUUGCUCCAUCAGCUCAAAAGUGUAAACCUUUUCAAGAUUUUGUCCA